AUGAGCAAUCGUCUUCCCAGUCACCGCCCGAGCCUGUGCCGCCGCCUCGCCGGCCGGCUGGUCGCGCGGCUGUCCAACCUGCAUUGGAUCGACGACCGCCUGGCCCGCUCGGCACAGUUCUACGGCGGCCAUACCGGCCUGGUCCUCGACGUCUAUGGCUUCCGCACGCUGAUCAACCUGCGUGGCGAGAACCCGCGCUCGCGCUGGUACAACGCCGAGGUGGCGGCCUGCCGCGCGCGCGGCGUCGCGGUCUUCGACGUGCCGAUCAACUCGCGCCGCCUGCCCCGCCGGGCCGAGCUGCAGGCCCUGCUGGCCGCCUUCGACGCCCUGACCGCGCCGGCGGUGAUGAAGUGCUCGGGCGGGGCCGACCGCACCGGCCUGGCCGCCUUCCUCUACCUGGUCGACCGCCAGGGGCCCGAGAGCUUCGCGCUGGCGCGCCGGCAGCUCCGGGCCUGGCCCUAUCUGCAUCUUCCCAAGCCCCAGCAGCGCUGGAUCCUGCAGUUCCUGGCCUACUGGCAGGACCAGCGCGGGCCGGAGAUGCCCUUGCGCCGCUGGCUCGACGAGGUCUACGACGCCGGGGACUUUGCCGCCUGGCUGGACGCGCCGCCCAUGGAUGACUGGAUCUUCUGGACGCUCGCCGCGGCGGCCUUCCAGACCCUCCGUUCGGCUCUGCAAAAGCGCCUGAGAGAUGACCUCGGCACCCUGGGGUCGGCCUUCGCGCGCUUCGUCUACGCCUGGCCGCUGGCGGUGGCCUACCUGCUGGUCGCCGCCGAGCUGGCCGGGGUGAGCGCACCUGGCGUCAACGGCCGCUUCCUGGCCUACGCGGUGGCCGGCGGGCUGGCGCAGAUCCUGGCGACGGUCUGCCUGAUCGAGGCCUUCGGCUACCGCAACUUCGCCGUCGCCACGGCCUAUUCCAAGACCGAGACGGUGCAGGCCGCGCUGUUCGGGAUCGUCAUCCUGGGCGACCGGCUGAGCCCGGCGGCGGGGCUCGGCAUCGCGGUCAGCCUGGCCGGGGUUCUCGCCAUCUCGCUGAAGCGCCAGCAGGCCGGCUGGCGCCAGCUCCUGACCGGCUGGGCCCAGCCCGCGGCCCUGCUGGGCAUGGCCUCCGGCGCCGGCUUCGCCUUGUCCGCCGUCUGCUACCGCGCCGCCAGCCUGGCGCUGGAGCCGGUCGGCGCUACCGUGCAGGCGGCGACGACCCUGGCCUGGGUGCUGGGACUGCAGACCCUGGCCAUGGGCGCCUGGAUGGCCUGGCGGCGGCCCGCGCAGGCCCGCGCGGUGCUGCGAAGCUGGCGGGUCUCGGCCUGGGUCGGGCUCGCCGGCAUGGCGGCCUCGGUCGGCUGGUUCACCGCUAUGACCCUGGAAAAUGCCGCCUACGUGCGGGCCCUGGGGCAGGUCGAGCUGGUCUUCACCCUCGCGGCCUCCUGGCUGGCCUUCAAGGAGCGCUCGACGCCCGGCGAGCUGCUGGGCAUUGCGGCCGUGGUCGGCGGCUUGCUGAUCCUGGUCGGCGGGACG